AUGAGCACGACGCCACGCAAGAAAAUAGACUUGCUGGCGCCGGCGCCGGUCAUGUCGACAACGGAUUUCACCUUUUCACCGCGGAAGGAGAACGAGUGGUACCUCAACACGCAGUCGCCUCGCGAGUUCGAAGGCGGCGCUCUUCGUGACGGUGGCGAGGUCAAUAUCUGGAGUCGCGACUACAUCGGACUCGUGGUGCAAUACGCCGCCGUGGGGAUGAUCUUCGGUACAUUGCCCGGAACAGUCUACCCGUUCCUGUUCAACUACCUCAACAUGGAAGGAACACAAGUCGUGUCGGCUGUCGUGCUGCUCAACAUGCCGUGGUCGUUCAAGAUCUUCUACGGCAUGAUCACGGACUGCGUGCCAGUGAUGGGGUAUCGCCGUCGUCCGUUCAUGAUCAUGGGCUGGACGCUGUGUUUCGCCAUGCUUCUCGUCAUGGCGUGCAUGGAUGCCGGUGCCCCGUACUACCCGGACCACAAGUACGCGCGGAUGGACGCCGACGAGUUGACCCCCGAGAUCGUAGCGACAUUCAACGAGUCGGCUCAUCACGUCGGCGGCAAAUUCAUUGUGCUCAUGAUGAUUGCAGCCGUCGGCUACGUCGGUGCGGACGUCGCUGCUGACGCUAUGAUGGUCGAAGUCGCCCAGCGUGAGCCUGAGGCCACUCGUGGGUACACGCAGACGACGAUCUACAUGGUCCGCACCGCCUUCGUGACCAUGUCGAGCAUCCUCACCGGUGUGGUCUUCAAUGGAAAAGACUACGGUGGCGAUUUUAGCUUCUCGCUGAGCUUCCCCCAGCUCAUGGUCAUCCUCACGCUGUGCUGCCUGCCUGUGAUCCCCCUUUCGUGGUACUGCAUCAAGGAGGAGCGUCACCCCGGCGUCGUGUUCCGCGACUACUUGGCCGAGCUGUGGCACCUCAUGCAGAUGCGACCGGUGUACCAAGUCAUCGUGUACAAGUACCUGUCGGGUGUCUUUGAGAACUUCACUAUCACGUGUUCCGACCCGAUGCAGGCGUACUGGGCUCACGCUACACCGCUCAACGACAAAGUAAUGGCCAUCAUGGGCAACGCCAUCUUCGCCAUCACGCUCUUCUUCACGGGCAAGUACGGCCUUCACUGGAACUGGCGCUCAAUGCAUGCCAUCACCAUCAUCGCAGUGACAGUCAUGGACUUUAUCGUAACUAUGCUCACUACGUGGGAUAUCGUUCGAAACCAGUGGUUCUGGCUUGGCGUGCCUGUGGUUGAGAACCUCCCCAACGGUAUCGCGUUCGUGAUUGGAACGUACGUGAUCGUGGAGUUGGCUGGCGAGGGCAACGAAGGCGCCGUGUACGGCCUGGUGGGGUCGGUCGCAAACAUCGCUAUCCCUUUGGCCAGUACCCUCUCCAAGAACGUGGACAGCUACUUCGAUGUGACCAACGCCGACAUCGUGGAGGACACUACCCACGUGCGCUGGGAGGUGACUUACGUCCUCAUCAUUCGCUACUCUAUGAACCUAGCUGGGUUGAUCUUCCUGCCGCUCCUGCCCCGCCAAAAGGCUGAAACCCAGCAGCUCAAGCACAACGGAGGGUCGAGCCGCCUAAUGGGACUGGUGACCGCCGUUUACUUCGGGUGCUCGCUGUGCUGGACCGUCAUGGUCAACAUUAUGUCCAUCUAUCCGUCGACGUCGUGUCUUGUUAUCGCUGGUGGCACCGGUUGCGACUCAAGCUCAAGCGGCGGCCGCCAUUAA